AUGGGAGGCACAGCCACAACCCCGACCCUCACUGCCCUUCUCUGCCUCGGGGUCCUCCCCAAACCCUCCAUCUGGGCUGACCCAGGGUCGGUCACCAAGGGAAGCCCUGUGACCAUCUUGUCUCCGGGAUCUCUGAGGGCUGAUGUCUACCGUCUGUAUAGAGAGAGGCCCUCUGGACUCUGGGAGGCUAAGGCCCCACAGGACUCCAGUAACAAGGCCAGUUUCCCCUUUGAAUCCUCGAGCUCAAGCACUGCAGGGCAGUACCAGUGUGUCUAUCACUGCAGGAAAGACAGGUCAGAGUGGAGUGACCCCCUGCCCCUGGUGGGGACAGGAGGGAGGGAGGACCCGGCCCCUUCCCCUCCCUCUCAGCCGCCGCGCCCUGUGGCGGCCUCAGGAGGGGGCGUGUCCCGCAGCUCACAGUUUGCAGCGGGCACUCUGCACCUGCUGAAGGAGGGAGGCGCCGACCCGCGACGCCGGACAUCGAGGACCCAUGGGAGGGGACAGGCCGUGUGCCCUGUGGGCCCCCUAAACUCCUCCCGCGGGGGAACCUGCGGAUGCUAUGAUUCUCCCAGCUCUGCACAUGUGCGGUCACACCCCAGUCACCCUCUGCAUCGCCAGGUCACAGGGGUGUACAAGGAGCCCUCCGUCUCAGCCUAGCCGGGCUCUCUCGUGCUCCGUGGAGACAGAAUGUACAGGAAACCCUCCCUCUUAGCCCAGCUGGGGGCCUCAGAACCCUGCAGAGAGAAUGUGACCCUGCAGUGUGGCUCUGAGGACACGGCUCCACCCUUUCAGAACAACUUCACCUUGAGUCCUGUGACCUCAGCCCACAGUGGGACCUACACGUGCUACAGCUCACUCAGCACCUCCCCCUCCCUGAGGUCACAGCCCAGCGACCCCUGGAGCUCCUGCUCAGAUGAGGGACCCCAGCCCUGGCCCUCUGUGUCUUCCUGGAGCAGUGGGCUGUGUGGGGAGAAGCAGCCCCUGGCCCUCCCCUCCUGUCCUGACCCCCAGGAGGCUCUGAGGAUCAGCUUCUCCCCCACACAGUCAGGUGUGCAGACGGGUCUCAAAUGGUACCUGAACAUCCUGACUGGGGUUUCAGUGGCCUUCGUCCUGCUGCCCCUCGUCCUCGUCGUCCGACACCGGGGUCAGAGCAGACGCAGGAAGUCGGAGAAGGGCUCUGGGGUGGGUUGGAGGCCGAUUCCCAACUUCCUGCAGCGGCUGCAGCAUCAGUGCUGGAGGACAGAGGCCGGCAGAAGAGGCAAGACCUCUCCCAAAGACUCCCACCCCGGCCAGCCUGCGCACAGCUCCCGCACUGCCCCUCACACUCCUCUCUCCCUGCCGAGCUCCAGCCCAGCUGCUGACGUCCAGGAGGACAGCUUGUAUGCUGUCGUGGAAGACACACAGCCAGAGGACGCCUCUCCCUUCUGGAAGCACCUGCCCUGUGGGCUGCUGCAACCCCACACCUGGUCUCCUCUGACCUUCAAGGUGUUGAAUGCUCAGGUCGAGCUGGCAGGGCUGAAGGCCGCCGCAUCUGAAGCCCCCCAGGAUGUGACCUAUGCCCAGCUGAACCACUCGACCCUCAGACGGGAGACUGCAACCCCUGCCCCCCAGUCAGGGGAGCCCCCAGCAGAGCCCAGCGUGUAUGCUGCUCUCGCCGUCCGCUAG